GCUAGUGACUCUGAUUGGUCUGCCGCGAAUACAGCUUCCUUUGGAGCCACGCCCCAGCUUGGCUAGUGUUGGGAAUCAGGAUAGUCGCCGAAACCGGAAGCGGCACCGGGAAGCCACUGAUAGAGUUGGAGGAUACUCACCGGUAAUAUAGCCGCAGACAAGGCAUUAGUUCCUUAUUUAGAUUUUUGUGCCUCUCACUGCAGGAUAUAGAGGAGCCCCAAUGCCGCUGGGCCUUGGACGUAGAAAGAAGGCUUCUCCUCUAAUGGAAGAAGAUGAUGUCGGUGAGCACAGUGCAUUGGGGAUAUCCCAGGCUGGCAGUGGGUCUCUUCCAACACAAACAUCCGGACUUCCACCCCCUGCUCCUGCCCUGAGACCCCGCUUGGUUUUCCAUGCUCAGCUGGCACACGGGAGCCCCACAGGGAGGAUUGAGGGUUUCAGCAAUGUGAAAGAGCUGUAUGCGAAGAUAGCAGAGGCGUUUAAUAUACCUGCCGGGGAGGUGAUGUUUUGCACCCUGAAUACUCACCGGCUGGACAUGGACAAGCUUCUGGGUGGUCAGAUAGGCCUGGAGGACUUCAUCUUUGCUCAUGUGCGUGGCCAAAAGAAGGAACUUGAGGUCUAUAAAUCUGAGGACUCUCUAGGCCUCACCAUCACUGACAAUGGUGCUGGCUAUGCCUUCAUUAAGCGCAUUAAGGAAGGCAGCAUUAUACACCGCAUGCAGCUCAUCAGUGUCGGGGACGUGAUCGAAUCCAUCAACGGGAAGAAUCUGGUGGGCAGCCGUCACUUUGAGGUUGCCCGUACUCUAAAAGAACUGCCUCGAGGGAGAACAUUUACGCUUAAACUGUGCGAACCCAGAAAGGCCUUUGAUAUGAUCGGCCAGCGCUCCAGCACAUCCACUAAUACUUCUGGGAUAUCAUCGGGUAGGGGGACAUUACGUCUGAGAGCUAAGGGUUCACCAACUGUGGAAGAGUUGGUGAAAGAGGUAUCUGUUAUUGAGGAGAGAGCAGUACAGAAGGUGGAUGAUCUCUUGGAGAGUUAUAUGGGGAUCAGAGACAGUGAACUGGCUGGAACCAUGGUGGAGCUAGGCAUGGAUAAACAGAACCCCGAUGACUUCUCUCAGGCCUUGGACCGCUCGCUUGGGGAUUUCGCUUUCCCAGAUGAGUUUGUGUUUGACGUCUGGGGGGCGAUAGGUGAUGCCAAAGCCGGACGUUACUGAACUACCUUUACUGCUGCACUCCCAACCCCCUCAAAGGGGAUAAUUCUGCUGCUGCCCCAUCCACACCUCCAUCAUCCAAUACCAGGAGAUGCUUCUGUGACAACACUGGAGAGAGAUGAUUUUAUAAGGGCUUAAACCACUGAAAAUGUUUAUAUGGAGACUGCUAUCCAUGAUUCUGCCCUGGUGAAAUUACCUGUUGCUCAAUUCUGCUUUGAAGACAGCAAACUAAACUGUUCCUCACACUUGUGAAGUGUGGUCAGUUACAUUCGUGUUCGUUAACAUCUGCAAUGGCUGCCUGUGGGAAGUAGGAGAAGUUUGGCACUCCGUUUGUCCUUGGGUGUCUUUUAAUGUCCAUGAUGAUGUACAGCAGGCCUGGGAUUUAAAUACACAUAUGCUAAACCACUCCAAUGCCACUUAAGGCUCUGAUGUAGAUUGAAGAUGGCUCAUAAUAAGAACAAUGUUAUUUAAUGUAAACAAAUGCACACUACAACCUCUAGUAACUCCACUACAUUCCAUGGAAUCUCCUGUGGUUGGAUGAAUGGAUACAAAGUAUGGACUAGAGUAAAAAGAACAAGUUUUAUGGAUUCAGAGAUUAUCUAGUGAAAUGGGAUUAUACUAAGCUAAUGGGAUAUUGGGGAUCUUCCUCUAAAAGAGGAUAUCUCAUGGGAUUCCUGUAAAAUCUUAGGCUCAUUAAAAUGUAUAGGAUAAUAUAAGCAGAUAAAUCUUCUUCCUAUAAAAGGACACUUUUCUAAAGUUAAAGUCUCUAACUGCUAAAAUAAAAUCUUAUGUUACAGACCCUCUGUUUACUAAGUAACUGGUCAUUAGCACCAUCCCGUGUUGGGGUAUGGUGUUGCAAUAAUGGUUACAAUUGAGAGAGUGUUCGUUGACCUAGUUAAUUUAUGUUAACCCUCAUUGAUUAUUUUCUGUGUAACCUAUUAUGACUGUAAGAGAGAAAAGGAGUUUAUUAAAAGAUUUUAUACACAAGA